AUGAAAUAGAUUCUGUCUCAGAGUUUCACACCCGAAUCUGCACCGACAUUCUUUAGAUAGCAAUCAGAGAGACCGAACUUAGUGACAAAGCAACUAAAUUAGAAGGAAUGUGAUGCAAAUGAAUUAUAUGCUUUAAUUGUCAAUAACCACAUGAUCAAGGAGAUCAGGAUCGUUAAAAUCUUCAAGGAAGAAGAUCGAGAAUCCAUAUUCAAAAAUCAUAUUGUGAAUUACGUAAUCUAAAUAAGAACAGAUUAUAUUGAUUAUACAAUUCCUAAAAGAUAUUCUGAAUUUGAGAAAUUAUACGAAUCAGUAAAUAAAUUCAUUCAAACUUAGUUACCAAUUUCCUAGAAGAAAAUGCCUAAGUUCCCUUCAAAAAAAGUUAUUUAAACUAAUUCUAGAAAAACAAUUGCCAAAAGAUAAGAAAUGCUCGAAAAAUUUUUAUAAUAUUUGUUGCAAUAUCUAGACCACACAUUGUAUGUGUUUUUGGACUUUCUUAAAAUUAAAGAGUAAUUUUAAAAAGGGGGAUUUGAUUAAAAUGUUAAAAUGCAUCAAUUUAGUAAAGAUGAAAACGCUUUGUGUGAUCUUUUGGAUACAAGUCCAAAAAAAAUAUAACCGAAUAAUUAGGCUGAAUAAAUGAUAUUCCAUUAUUUAUGGAAAUUAAAUGAAACCAUUAAUGAAAGAGGCAAAAUAUUUUAGUACAUUAUUCAAUUCAUUAUUUUUAGGAAGAUGGAGAAGUAUUAUUUUGGUAAAAUUUAGUAGAUCUCUCCUCUACUUUUAAAAGUCUUAUUGAUUGGAGAUGACGAGAGGGAACUCCAAGGAAUCAUGUAAAUGCUAUCCAUCUAAACCAAUGACAUGUUGAGCCACAUUAGCUGUAUCCAUGGAUUCUAGUUCUUGAGAAAAAUAUUAGAAUAUGAUUAUAAUCCAAGUAUGAUCUUUAGAGAGUAUUCCAUAGACGCUGAACAAGCAAUUAAAUUGCUAAGUGAAAUCAGUAUUAAAUAGUUUAGAACUAUGAAAAUAUAAUCUCAUAUUUGUGGACAACAGAAGUUAUGCAAAUAGGAUUCCCUAAUGAUUCUUCAUAAAUACAUUUAAUAGAAUUAAUUGAAAAAUUAAAUGAUUAGCUAUUUAUUAGUUGAUGAUGAGGCUAUUCGUGAAUAUGAUUGUUAUGUACAGACUUACUUGAAUAAAAUGAAUGAAGAAGUUAAAUAACUGAAGGACAGUAAUGAGAACUUAUAAGAGUUAUUACCCACUAAAUCCAAUUCAAUCGAACACGCUAUCUUAGAAUAGGAUCCUACUCUUGAAUAAUUAGUAGAAAUAAGUUAGAUGAAUCUGAAUUGGAAAUAUGUUUAGGAAUGUGAUGGACAUACUAUGUAUCAUCUCUAAGGUUAAUUCGUCAAAACCAUUCAUCCUAUCAAAUGUUCAAUGGAUAGAGCCAUCAAAAUAUUCAGUGAUCUUAAAUAAUAAUGGUUUCAUGGAAUGAUACAGAAAGAUGUUUUGGAAUAAGUUAAUGAAAAUAAAAGUGUGAUUGUUGAAUACUAUGUUUGGGAAGACAAGUCUACAUUUAAGAAAAUGGCCUUUGUCAGUGAUUAAGAGAUUGUUAAGGUUGAUGAUUUCACUUAUCAAAUCACCAUUGUACCCAAUUCAAAGCAAUUACCAAAUCAUUAUAAGUUGAAAUGUGAUCAAAAAGGCCAAAAAAUGAGUCUUAUUUUAAUGAAAUCAACCACACUCAAUCAUACAGAAGUUGUCAUUUAUCAAAAUAUUAUGGAUCCCACUUUCAGAACAGCUUUGACCCCAGUGAUACUGAAGGAGAUCCCUUGGUUCAAUAAUACAAUAACUAAACUUAAAGCCUUGCUAUGA